AUGCGUAGCAAUCGAGCAUAGACGGAAGUGGCCGAGAAUAGCCGAGCAAUUCCGAACAGCCUCGCCAGUCUCACCGGCUGCUUUAGUCCGAUCGGUGCUCGACCUUGGUGCACUCAUCUCGCGUGUCGCCAAGAGUUACCUUCGUCAAGAUCGUUCCUGUAACUCAGCUCGUCGCUGAUACCAUCCUGAAACGUCCAGGAUAUAAGCUCUCCUGGUGAAGAUGUUCUGGGCCAAUCGCUGCUGACUCCGCCAUUCAACACGUCCGCAGAACCGAACUUCCUUAUUCGGCUGAAUGCUGUUCUUCUUAUCACAUUAAGGAUAUAGAAAAAUAUUGGGAUUCAGGAUGGCGAGCUUAAGAUAUCUUGUAGCAGGUGCUAGUGCUAUCGGUGCUGGUGCCUUCACGUCGUACUUCCUUGUAACCGACUCCACCGUGUUCGCGGACGUGGAACAAAAAUCAAAACCGACGAAGAGGCCUCUGCCAACGCGAGAGGACCAGGUGAAGACACUUAAAUCCCAGGAUUACGAUAUUCUGAUUAUUGGGGGUGGAGCAACUGGAGCAGGAUGUGCUUUGGACGCUUGUACACGAGGUCUCAGGACUGCUCUCGUAGAGGGCGACGACUUCGCCUCUGGAACCUCAUCUCGUAGUACUAAACUUAUACAUGGCGGUGUUCGCUACCUGCAGAAGGCAAUUAUGCAACUGGAUUAUGAACAGUACAAAAUGGUGAAGGAGGCUCUCCACGAGAGAGCAUCUAUGCUCAAUAGUGCACCGCAUCUUGCUCAUCCUUUGCCCAUUAUGCUUCCCGUAUACACAUGGUGGCAAAUACCGUAUUACUGGUUUGGGAUUAAGAUGUACGAUUUGGUCGCUGGCAGCAAGACUGUCAAAUCUUCUUAUUACCUGAGCAAAUCAAAUGCACUGGAGCUCUUUCCUAUGUUGAAGGGUGAUAAACUUACAGGCGCCAUUGUUUAUUAUGAUGGUCAACAAGACGACGCAAGGAUGAAUCUAGCUGUGGCUCUGACAGCAUCACGUCACGGUGCUACUGUCGUUAAUCACGUAUCUGUCGUUAAUCUUCUCAAAGGUCUAGACAGGGAUGGUAAAAGAGUAUUGACCGGUGCUCAUUUGAGAGACGAGCUGACAGGAGAAGAGUGGGAUGUAAAGGCUAAGGCUAUCAUUAAUGCUACUGGUCCAUUUACUGAUUACAUCCGAAAAAUGGAUGAUCAGACUGUUCCAGAGAUCUGCUGCCCUUCGUCCGGUGUUCAUAUUGUACUGCCUGGAUACUACAGCCCUGAGCAGAUGGGUCUAUUGGAUCCAGCGACAAGCGACGGGCGCGUCAUCUUCUUUUUGCCAUGGCAAAAACAGACCAUUGCUGGCACAACUGAUCUACCUUGUCAGGUGACGCACAACCCACGACCCACUGAGGAUGAGAUUAUGUUCAUUCUUCAGGAAGUGAAGAACUACCUGAAUCCUGACGUUGAAGUGCGUCGAGGCGAUGUCCUUUCAGCUUGGAGCGGUAUCAGGCCUCUUGUGUCCGACCCAAAUAAACCCAAUACUCAGUCCCUUGCACGUAACCACAUCGUCCAUGUCAGUCCCACAAAUCUCAUCACUAUUGCUGGUGGGAAGUGGACCACCUAUCGCGCGAUGGCUCAGGAAGCUGUUGAUGCUGCAAUCGAGGCAUGCGAUUUGAAACCGGAAAGACCUUGCCAGACCGACGGCUUCCUCCUGGAAGGAGCUCACGGUUUCACUCCCACAAUGUACAUUCGACUAGUCCAGGACUUCGGAUUGGAAUGCGAGGUAGCUCAGCACUUGGCUCAGAGCUACGGUGAUCGUGCCUUCGCCGUCGCGAAGAUGGCUUCGCUGACAGGCAAAAGGUGGCCAAUUAUCGGAAAGAAAAUUCAUCCUGAGUUCCCUUACAUCGACGCCGAGAUACGAUACGGAUGUCGCGAGUAUGCAAGGACGGCCAUUGACAUGAUCGCACGUCGUCUCAGACUUGCAUUCCUAAACGUACAGGCUGCUCAAGAAGCUCUGCCAGGUAUCAUCGACAUCAUGGCAGAAGAAUUACAUUGGUCGGCCGAUGAAAAGAAGAAGCAAAGCAAACAAGCUAGCGAAUUCCUCGCUAACGAGAUGGGACAAAUGGUUAAUCGUGCCUCCCGUGACAAGAUCCCAAUUAAUCUCACCAAGGAUGAAAUUCAGCUGUACAUCAAGCGUUUCCAGAUCAUCGACAAGGAUCGCAAGGGAUACGUUUCCAUCAACGACAUACGACGUGGCCUUAAGGCACUCGGCAUUAAACUGAACGAGCACGAGAUACAUACGUUACUCAACGAAAUUGAUCUGACCUACAAUGGACAAAUGGAAUUACAAGAUUAUCUUCAGCUCUUUGGCGACAAGGAAGUUCCGGGCGAAGAGCUUCACGAAAUACUUCGCGAAAUCGACACUAAUAUGAACGGUCAAGUCGAGCUGGACGAGUACCUUCAGAUGAUGUCAGCUAUAAAAUCAGGACACGUGGCGUACUCGCGUUUUGCAAGAAUGGCUGAAAUGGAAGAAGCCCAGCACGAGAAGGAUAUGCUGAAGAAACAAAUCAGCGUGGAAAGAUCAGGCGGCGGUCUCUGAAGAGUCUAAGACGAGAGAAAGAACAGAAAUCACACGAGACAUCUCUGAACAAUACAAUCAUCCUUCCUGUAGUGUCCACGAUCUCUCAUAACUGACUUACUAUUUAUUAUCGAUUCCUACCUAAGUAUGUCUCGACAUUCUCGACACUACUCUACCUAAUUUUUCAUCCUCAUGUCAUCAUGGUCUACUCUAUACUAUUAGCUCAUUUACUAACUUUCUAAAUGGUUCCUUAAAGAAUCAAUUGAUUCAUAGUCAAACUAUUUUGCGAUUCCUGAUCGCAUAUUCACGUCAUACGAAUCACGGUGGCAAGACGCGAAAAUGGAAAAAGAAUAUAGAGGUGAAUACAGCGACGUAUUCUAUACGUAUACGGGAUGAACCGUAAUGAAAUGAGCGUAUGUGCAUAUAUAAAAUGACGACAUUUGUGGGUACGUAUAAAAAAAUCUUAACGCGAAAACAUAAGAAAUGGUAUGCGCGAUAUAUUCGUCGAAAGUUUUGUUAAUAUGCAAAAGAAUUAUGCGUGUACAUACAUAUGAAUCGUCGUCGCUGUUGCACGAGUGCAUACUAGAAUAAUAGAGUAUCUCUCAUUUAGGAUAAUUUAUUCUAAUGUGAUUAUCAUGUAAUUAAUAAAAACCUGCUGUACAUUAA